AGAGCAGACGUUCUGCUUUAGUAUCUUGUCUGCUGCACUGACAGCAGCAUGGUGUGUCACUGCUGCCUGCUCUAAUAAUCUUCUCUCACUAGACAAAGUGUGAACUAACAAUGAUGUGCGAAAUACAUUUAUAUUUCAUGUGUGGAAAACAUUUGUUUUUUCUACUUUUGACUUUAUUUCAUGGAGUAACGAGUUCAUUGGAUCUGGAAGGGAGCAGGUCUAACGAAACUAAAUACGAUGCAUUCCAAAAUGACAUGUCACAGGUUGAAAACCAAUUCAAAAGCCAUUCCAUUCGGUCGUCAGAAUUGCCGAAGGACAAUGGACAUCUUGCUUUCAUAGAUAAGCUCCUUGAAGGUUAUGAUAAAAGAGCCUGGCCUACGUAUGGGACAAAUCAACCAACCUUAGUUACAGUAAAUAUUUACAUCAACAGUUUAGGGCCAGUUAGCGCAGCGAAUAUGGAUUUCGGAAUGGAUAUUUAUUUAAGACAGUCUUGGGUAGAUCCUAGAUUGCAAUUUAGAAAGUAUGGAAUGAAUGAAACAGUCACUCUGAAUGGACAAGAUCUUAUUGAUAAAAUUUGGAGGCCAGACAUUUUCUUCAGGAAUUUAAAAUCAGGAAGUUUUCAUUCUAUGACUGUGCCAAAUAAACUGAUAAAAUUAUCUCCUGAUGGCCGGAUACUUUUCAGCAUGAGGUUAACACUUCGUCUAUCAUGUCAUAUGUCAUUUCGACUUUAUCCUUUGGAUGCUCAGAGAUGCUGGGUCGUUCUCGGAUCAUAUGCCAUGACAACAGACCAAGUUCAAAUUCAGUGGAGAGAAGAUACUCCAAUAACUAUUGAAAAAGAAAUCGAAGUUCCUGAAUUCUUUGUAGUUCUACAAGAGCCAGGAACCUUCCUUAGAGAUAUUGACACAGGAGUAUUCAGUUUCUUGAACGUAAGUUUCGUAUUCUUAAGACAAAACGGAUACCACCUUUUGCAGACCUAUCUUCCAACAUAUUUGAUCGUUAUGAUGUCAUGGGUUUCUUUCUGGGUACCAGUUGAAGCUGCGCCAGCUCGAACACUUCUGGGAGCGACAACAUUGCUAACUUUGACUACUGUAGCUUCUGGAAUUCGCUCUCAAUUGCCUCCAGUUUCCUAUGCAAAAGCUAUAGACAUCUGGAUUGGCGCCUGUUCCGUUAUGGUUUUCUCAGCUUUGUUGGAAUUCGCAGUGGCUAGCUACCUUUGUAGGAUGAAAAUUAGACACAGACAGCCAAAGACUCAUUGUUUAACAUUUUGGAAAACUGAGCGCCCAGACCCUCAUGCUGACGGUAAAAACCAAGUGGUGCAUACUCCAGAAUCAGACAAGAAGAUUCAGCUCCGAAGAUCUCAUGCUGUCGAUAGAUAUAGCAGAAUGAUUUUUCCAUUUGUCUUUCUAAUAUUUAAUAUGUUUUAUUGGAUUUAUUAUCUCUCUCAGCGAGCAAAAAUGGAAAUCAAGCUUUUGUAAAAACUCUCUUUAAUAUGUAUUUCAGCUGUAGUUUUACAGAAAGACACCAAACGCAUCAAACUUUUAUGAUUUCAUAUGUGGAAAAAAAGUUUCUUUAUAAAAUAUUUAAGCUGCAUGGUGUUUAUUCAUACAUAAGCACAUCAGAAUGUAGAGCUCAAAUAUGAAUAAUGAACCAUUCUUUCUUUUU